UCAAGAAUGGAAGAUAGAAAGAUCAAGAAACAAAAGACCCAAGAUGAUUUGCCGGAUCAGUUUGAUGUCAGCCAUAGAUACAAGACCACUGCAGCAAUGGCGCUGCAUUUAGAAAAGGGCCCCAAUAACCCGUUCAAUCACAAACCGUUCAGUUCGAAGUACUUUGACAUUCUUAAAUUAAGAAAAGACUUACCGGUUCAUGCUCAAAGAGAUGAGUUUUUACAAAUCUUUCAUCUGACGCAAAUCAUGGUUUUCGUUGGGGAAACCGGUUCGGGUAAAACUACCCAAAUACCCCAGUUUGUAGCCUACGAUGAUUUAAGUCAUUUGAAUGGAACUCAAAUUGCAUGUACUCAACCAAGAAGAGUGGCGGCCAUGUCGGUGGCUAAAAGAGUGGCCGAUGAAAUGGACGUGGAGUUAGGAGAAGAAGUUGGUUAUCUGAUUCGUUUUGAAAAUAAAACUAGCGAUAAAACCUUUUUAAAGUAUAUGACCGAUGGGAUGUUAUUAAGAGAAGCAAUGGAUGAUCAUGAAAUGAAAAAUUAUAGUUGUAUUAUUUUGGAUGAAGCCCACGAAAGAACUUUGGCCACCGAUAUAUUAAUGGGGUUAUUGAAACAAAUCAGUUUAAAUAGACCAGAUUUAAAAAUCAUUAUCAUGUCAGCAACUUUAGAUGCAGAAAAAUUUCAAUCUUACUUUAAUAAUGCUCCUCUUUUAGCAGUUCCUGGUAGAACUCAUCCAGUUGAGAUUUAUUAUACUCCAGAAUUCCAACGUGAUUAUUUGGAUGCCACCAUUAGAACUGUCUUACAAAUUCAUGCUACUGAAGAUGAUGGGGAUAUCUUGGUUUUCUUAACCGGUGAAGAAGAAAUCGAAGAUGCUUGUAGAAAAAUAUCUUUAGAAGCAGAUGAAUUAAUUAGAGAACAAAAUUGUGGUCCUUUAAAAGUUUAUCCAUUAUAUGGUUCUUUACCACCACAUCAACAAACGAAAAUUUUUGAUCCGGCUCCUCAACCUUUAAAAAUUGGUGGUCGUCCGGGUCGUAAAGUUAUUGUGUCUACUAACAUUGCAGAAACUUCUCUUACCAUUGAUGGGAUUGUUUAUGUUGUUGAUCCAGGUUUUUCUAAACAAAAAGUUUAUAAUCCUCGUAUUAGAGUUGAAUCCCUUUUAGUAAGUCCAAUUUCAAAAGCCAGUGCUCAACAAAGAGCUGGUAGAGCUGGUCGUACUAGACCAGGGAAAUGUUUCAGAUUAUACACCGAAGAAGCAUUCCAAAAAGAAUUAAUUGAACAAUCCUAUCCAGAAAUUUUAAGAUCAAAUUUGGCAUCAACCGUUUUAGAAUUGAAAAAAUUAGGUAUUGAUGAUUUAGUUCAUUUUGAUUUUAUGGAUCCACCAGCUCCAGAAACAAUGAUGAGAGCUUUAGAGGAAUUAAAUUAUUUACAAUGUUUAUCAGACGAAGGUGAUUUAACUACUUUAGGUAGAACCGCAUCUCAAUUUCCUUUGGAUCCAAUGUUGGCUAUUUUAUUAAUAAAUUCUUUUAAAUAUAAUUGUUCAGAAGAAAUUUUAACAAUUGUUUCUUUACUUUCGGUUCCAAAUGUUUUCGUUCGUCCUGCAAGUGCAAGAAAAAGAGCUGAUGAAGCUAAAAUGAUUUUUGCUCAUCCCGAUGGUGAUCAUUUAACUUUAUUAAAUGUUUAUGAAGCUUUCCAAUCCGAUGAAGCUUUUAAUCUCGGUUUACAUCAAUGGUGUAGGGAUCAUUUUUUAAGUUACCGAUCUUUAACUUCUGCUAAAAGUGUUAGAUCUCAAUUACGUCGUAUAAUGGAACGUCAUGAUAUAGAAUUGAACUCAAUUGAUUUUAAUGACCCAAGCUAUUGGACUAACAUCCGUAAGGCUUUGGCUGCCGGGUUUUUCAUGCAAGUUGCUAAAAAGAAAUCUGGUAAUAAAGGUUAUUUAACAAUUAAAGAUAAUCAAGAAGUUUUAAUUCAUCCUUCUACAGUUUUAGCUUCGGAAAAUGAAUGGGUCAUUUAUAACGAAUUUGUCUUAACUUCUAAAAAUUACAUUAGAACAGUCACGAAUAUCAAACCAGAUUGGUUGGUGGAAGUUGCUCCUAAAUACUACAACUUGGACCAUUUCCAAAAAGGUGAUGUCAAAUUAUCCUUAGAAAGAGUCAUUGAUAGAGUGGAAACCAUGAAAAAAUUAGAGAAGAAAAAGGAUAAAAAACUGAAAAAAUCAAAAAAUUAAUCUUGUAGUCAUCACAACAUUGUCAAGAAGAACCAAGUCCCUGUUAACAUCAUCUCCUUCAUUUCUCC